CUUCCUUGUUCCCUUCCUUGUUCCCUUUCCCCACUGCUCUCCAGUUCUAGCUACUCUAACAUAACUACUCUGGACAGUGGAACACUGGUUCAAGAAUGUCCAUGAGCAGAGAUUUUCCCGACAUGCAGAGGAGCAUGCUCGGCGAUACAUAGAGAGCAUGGCUGAGGAUGAACGCCAGCCCCAGGGAUCGCGUCGUGGCACCGGCCCAAGCAUGGAUGACGAGGACCAGGAGAUGGCCGAUAAGACUCCCAAGAAGCGAGGUCGAAAGUCCGUCUCAUUUGCUCUCCCUGGUUCAGCUACCCCGGCUUCCUCAGCUGGACCUUCGUCCUCUUCGGGUUCUGCGGCCUCGUCUUUCCCGCCUCCCCCCAAUGGCACCCCAGGCCAAAUGCCUUUGCUUCGCGGUAUUCUAGCCCCAGGUCCAUCCAGCGUGUACCCUCUCGGUGGCACUUCCAGCCAGGUCCCCGCCGCCUUUGCCAACAUGCCCUCUGCUCGCCCCCCCAUUCCGCCCCCUAUGACUGGCGCCAAUGGCUAUUCUCAACCACCGCACCAGAGUGCAGGCCAGAACCAGAGCAGCUUUUACAUGGCUCCCCCUCCCUACACCUCUGGACCAAGCCAUACCUUUGGCCAGGCAGCUGGAGGUCAGUCCGGGCCCGGUGCCACUCCGCCUUCCCAACCCCUGCAGCUUCGCUACUACCCAGGGCAUGGGUACUGGACCGGGACCAGGUUCCUCCAGGGAGCGCCACCUCAGCCUGCCCACCAGCCGAACGGUCCUGGCUCGGGCACCCCUACCCCUCCGAACACGGGCAGCCUGACUGCCACUCCUGGCGCGGAUGUCGGGUCGCAUAUGGACGCGCAGUGGUGGAUUCGGCGGACUGUUCGUGAGACUAUCUCGGUACUCGGCAACAUGUCACCAAACACCCGGGCCAAUGUGCUCGCGAACAAUGUCCCCCCGUCGCCAUUGGCACUGCGUCCAGCGAUCCUCCCCCCCGCUCCCGCCCCCGUCGCCGCCGGUCCCGCGACCCCGGCCACGCCAUCGCACCAUCCCGGGCAGCAACGCAUCCCCGGGCCCGCCGUCCCCUGGCCCUCGCACCCUCCCGCGACCUCGCACCCUCCCGCGACCCCGGCCUGGGCCCCGGCCCCCC